ACUGUUGGUAUGGGGGGUGGAGAGGAAAUAGUAGUUUUACAAUAACUGAAACGACGUCUUAGGCUCGUCGGAGAUGUAAAAUAUGACAAAGUCGAUGAUAAAAAGUUACGUGGCCACAAGUAGACAACAACUUGAGUGAGUAACACACGUCGCGUUGCACAGUGCUACACAACAGACCUACAACAUCCGGGCUAGUCGGCUCACGCAGGAACGGAAUGGCGGCGGAGGCGGGCCGUGGGCCUGUGGACCUGGCCGCCGAGGUUUCAUCCCAUUUGAGAUCGUGAGAUACGACCAUGAAGACGCUGGGCAGGAGAAGUCGUCUUUUUUGGAGUUGAAGGAGAGACUCUCCUCUUCCCCAGAAGAUGGCAGCCCAGUCCCAGACUGCCAGUGAGCUACCCUUGGAGGAGCUGCUGGCUCUGUAUGGCUACACAGUGACUGACCCGGCCAAGCAGAGCUGCCAUGUCUCUGCCGCUCUGCCAGACAUGACUCUGGCCAAGAAUCAGAUGACCGAGGACAUCUUUGCUGCAGCGGGGAGAGUGGAGUCAUCAGCGGAUGAUCUCACCCCCUCGGUCACUUCCAGCACUUCAGAUUUGCUCCAACAGCUGCCUCCUGGAAACAAAGACACAUCCGUCUGCUCAUCUGACGACUCCGACGAUAUCUCCCUUCCCGCCAAUGAAGAACACAAGGAGAUCAUGGUUGGUUCCACGUACCAGGCAAUAAUCCCACCCCUCAGUCCCUAUACCUACCAGGAACUAGCGUACAACGGUGAAGACCAGUUGUUGUGGAGACCAGGUACUCUGCCGCUGCUGGAAGUGGAGCAUUUCUUGUUGAAUGUACAGGGCCCAAGUGGCCAAGAAGGGGCGGUCUGCAAGCAAACGUGUGCCGACAACGUACGAGACAACGAGCAGGCGCUGUAUGAGCUUCUGAAAUGCAACUUCAAUGCGGAGGAGGCACUGCGACGACUACACUUUAAUGUGAAAGUGUUCACUGAAGAGCUGUGUGGCUGGAAUGAAGAGGAGUGUCGGAAUUUUGAGCUCGGCUACAAAGUUUACGGGAAAAACUUCCACCUCAUUCAGGCUAAUAAGGUAAGGACCCGCUCUGUGGGCGAGUGUGUGGAGUACUACUACAUGUGGAAGAAGUCCGAGAGGCACGAGUACUUCACUCAACAAGCCACCAGGAUCACUCGCAAGAAGUACACCCUGCAGUCAGGGAACAUGGAAGAGGGAGACCAGGAUGGGUAUGCUGGCGAGAGGGAGGGAAACAAGAAUUCCACUGCUUUACUGUCUCGCGGUAGUCCCGCCGGCUCUGGAAAGCUGGCGUCUCCUUUACCUCGGCAGUCGAGCCUGGAACUGGACAAACAAGAGGAGGAAGGCCGCCCUCGGCGCAGACGGACCCCGCGCUUUCUCUUAAAGCCGUGACCUCGGUGCGGCCUGGCCUACAGAAAGCAGGCUGCAGCCUGCAGAUGGAGAACUGCAGACACGCGGUGACAGCUGUCCUCAGAACCUGUUUGCCCGCCCCUUCACUCUGCCUGCCUCGUCGGAUCAGGGGGAGCGCUUCUCGGGCUGCGGCGCAGGUCCGGUUCAGCUCCAAGACUAUCAGCGCCCACCGGGCGUCUUCCAGUUCCACAUGCACGAUAGUCCUUUUCUCCCCGAGGUCCGUGGCGCAGCAGGUGAUAUGACUGACUCCCCCGUCGCCUGCAGGUGGGACUUGACCUGCUGCAUGCCUCCUCUUCCCCACCUCAUGGCCUCCUCUUCUGCUUCUCCGCAUUUAACGCCCUCCGCUCUCUUCACUGAAAGCACUUGGGAACAUCCUAUUUGAAUAGAGAUGCGUUCUUAGACUGAUGAAAGCAAGCAGAACAAACGAAGACAAAAAAAAAAGACAUUUUCAGAAUACUCUCACGGCUCCUUUGAAGCCGGAAGAGUGACGCACGCUCAGCACUGCUUGUUGCUGCUCUACGUCCAUUCACACAAAGAUCACUUUAUUUCAACACAAACGUCCUCUCGCCGCUCCGUCAUCCACUCUCCGUUUGUCUUCUCUGUUCUUACGUAGACAACAGAUACAUCUGUAGAUUCUUUUGAGAUUAUCAUCAGGUCGUAGUCCACAACAAGGUGUUUUUGUUUUUUUUUUUCCCCACAUCACUGAGUCAUACAUUAAUUCUGGGUGCUUGGACAUUCCCGCCGAGUAUGUUGAGAAAGUGUCGGGAACAGUCACAAAGGAGCAUUCAGAGUGCCACAAAAUUAGUGGGUGUGAUUGGAACGUAUUUUUAUUUCUCUUUUUUUUCUCCCUAACAAAAACAUUCAUGUAUUGUUGUAUCAUCAAUUUAGGGGCACACUUUUUUGUGGAUUGGAAAAUUAUGAAUUUGAUUACCAUAGUAUUUAACUUGGUUAAUAAACGGUUCUUGCCCAGAGAAUAUAACCCGCGGUAUAAACUACACAGAUCCAAAUUAUGCUUUCCCAGACAAUAAUCAGGGUUAAACCAGACAAACCCAGGUUAUAGGUAUGAUGGACGUUAUGAAUUUGAUUGGCCCAGUUUAUGACCUGAGUUAAAAGAGAUGAUCUCAAUAUAUAACUCAGUGUAUAAAUGUUCCUGGCCCAGACUAUACCCAGGAUUGCAUUUUCCCAGGGUAAACAAGACUGUCCCAGAACAUACCCCUGGACAUGGAUAAACUCAGACUAUCUCAUGGAUUCUCUGACACAAUACCAAGAGUUAAAUUGCACUACCCUACAUUGUAGUUAUGUCAUCAAUUUGGUUAGCCAAAUUUAUGGCUUGGACUGAACUAGAUUGGCUCAAUUUAUUACCCAGGAUAUAAACAUAACCAGCCCAGACUACCGCCAGGGUUGAACUGAUCUAUCCCAGGACCUACACUAGGGAUUCAUCUAGUUCAGAAUAUAUCCCAAGGUGUAAACUGGACCCAUAGAGAUUGUACCCAAGGUUAAAAUUGACUGUGCAAGUAAAUGCCCUGAGUUGAACUGGAUUGUCACAGAAUAUAACCCAAGGUAUGAACAUAAGUAUCUCAGACUAUACGCAGGGUUAAAACAGAUUAUAGUGGCGUUACAAACUUGGCUGGUAUCAUCGAUGAUAGAUUUGAGGACAUUCAUUGUGAUUACCACACACCUGGGAUUUUUUUUUUCUCCACUUUUGGUCAUAUGAUGAUUUGGUAUUAUGCUUUGCAAGAACAACUGACACUGAUUUUAGUGAUUUGUUCCUAUUUUAUCUGACCCUCACGUUCAUGUUUUAUUUUACUUUGUUGGUUGUUAGCAUGACCAACUGUCAUUUUCUGCCUGUUUUUCUUCUAUUUAUUUGUUUUUCUUUGCUACGUGUGCAUGUGUGAGCUCAUUCCUGUGACAGCAGCGAAACAAGCCAGAUGGAUGGUUGCAUUUACACAAAGGAGGUAACAGACGAGGCCCAAUGUGAGCAGAACUGUUUCUUUUAUUUUCACCUGUUGUUUUGCAAUGUAUGUAUUGUACUGCUCGGGAUGUUUGUUAAUAAUUAUUCUAUUUUGUAAAAAAAAAAAAGAAGACAAUAAUAAAUGAUUAAA